AUUAAAUAAGAUUUUGAAUAAUACUUCAGAUAGCAAUGGAUACUGAUACUAAAAACAAUCGUGACGAUUUCCCCUUGAAUGAGGAAUCAAAAUCUUCUAUAACAUUUAAAAAACUCAUCUAUGACAUGUUGGUCACUCAUGAUAAUGAAGAGCUAAAGAGAGAAUACUUAGAACUCAAGCCAAAAAGAAGCAAUCCUCAAAACAAAAAAUUAAAAAACGUAUCUAGUAGAUAUGCACAAAACCUGAACCAUAAGAAUAUAUCAGCUCAACCGAGAAAUAGAUUCAUAAAUAAAACAUUCGACAGGAGAAGAAAAAACGAGGUUGAAAUAAAUGAUAGGAAAUAAAAGGUUCCUAGAUACCCUCAAAGAAUCGCCUAAAAAGAAACCUAAGAUACAAAACAACACCCUCAGAAUCAACCCUAUCCAGCCCAUAUCCGCCUCAAACACCCAUAAAACAUCCAUUCUUACCCCAAAACCCCUCCAUCCAAAUCCACCCAACCAGCCACCCUCCAAAAAACCUCUCCAGCCAAACCCCCCUAAAAAGCCCUUUCACUCUAAAAAUCCCACUCAGCUUACCCAAGACCCUAAGAACAUAAGCACAGAAGUUCUUCAGACUGAGCCAAAAGGUGCGAACAAGCUGGAAGGUGUGCUUAUAGGAAGACCUGAGGGUGUAGAAGGGCAGCAUGAGAGGGAGGAAGAGAUGGAUGUAAGGAAUGAAGUAGUGGAGGAGAGGGUUAAGGGAGUGAGAGAGGAAGGGAGGAAGGAAAGAGAGGGAGUGGAGAGUUGUAGAGAGAAGGCUAUGGGGGUUGGAGAUGAGGAUUGAGGGGGAGAAAGGAUUCAUGGAGAAAGACAGGUACUGGAGGAGUGUAAAGUUAAGACAUUGAUGGAAAGCUCUCAAGAGCCUAAUGCUCUUCCAGAACAGCCUACUCCAACUAAAGAGGAUGCUUCUAAGCCAGUUUGUCUUGCUUCUCCUUCUGUUCAGGAAGGCUUGCCUCCUGACCAAGAUUACGCUCUGCCAGAAGAUUCUUCUGCAGGACCAACUCCUUGCAAAGGAGUUGAAGAGGAAGAAGAUAUUGAAGUCAUACUAGACAGAUUCAUUGACCCGGUGCAGACCAGCGAGGAAAGUCAUGAAGUCGAUGGAAUUAGGUUAGCCACAGUGAAGAGCAAGAUAUUGAAGGUUCUUCUCGGAAUACUCAGCGUACUAGACAAAGGAGAUGAUCUAGAAGAGUUCUUUCAGAUGAAAGGCCCCACUAACGAGAAGCUUGCUUGCCAGAAAUUUAGUGCCUUGAUGAUAAAUGAAAUGUACGAUCUGUACUGAAAUUUACAGUACUUGCACUUCCCUGAUCGAGUCAGUGUAUGAUUACUGAGGAAAGUGUUUCAGACAAGAGAGUAUCUGAAGUAUCAAGUUGUUAGAGAGAAGUUCAAUGUCAAAAUAGAGUUGAUUCCUUAUAAAGUUCAUGUGGUUAGCUACUUAACUUCUAAUGUCAGCGAAAAUCCUAUCAAUCCAGGGCAUAUUUAUGACUUAGGGAAAUAUCUCUAUGAAAAAUACAUCUCAGAUAGGGUUAAAAUUAUUGAAAAAUUACGUGAGACUUCACACUUUUUGUUCUGUGAUCAGCUGUACUUCUUACCCUUAAAAUAUCAUCCAAUCCAUGAGGAUGAAGAAGAAAUCAAGAACACCCAAAUUGACUUAGCCAGAGAGGACUGUGCUAAAAUUCUGGACUUCUUCAAAAUAAUCUGCACUCAACUAGUAGACUCAGGGUUCCCAAAAAUAUUUGAGAAACACUUCACUUCAGAAUGGCUUGAUGACCAGAACCCAGAAGAUUUCAUCAAACUUGAGUCUAAAAAGAUUGAUCAAGAAUGGGAAGACAAGAUUUUAGAAAAUAAAUUAGAAAGAAUCUAUGAAAAUGACGAAAAAGCUACUGAAGACCUUGAUAAGCAAGUCAAGAAAUUUUUGGCACAAGAAAAAAAUCAAAAUUUUAAAUUGGAUCUAGAGGUACCUCAAGAUUCGAAGCAACUUAUCGAAGAUUCUGAUGAAGAAAAAGUUGAUGAAGCUCAAAAAGAUCAAAAGGUUGAAAGCAACAAAGAAGAUAAGGAGCAAGAGGAGGCUAAACCCUGAAUAGAUGUAAACAAACAAGAGAAAGAUAGUUCAAAAGACGUAACAGAUACUUCUCAAGAAGAAACCAAAGGAGUUAUACAACAGGAUGCUGAGAAGAACGACUUAACAGAAAAGGCAUCUGUGGACGAUGAUAACACUAUAAAAAUUGUAGAAAUUGAACUAGAUCCUCCUCUUAGCAUUCUUGAAACAAUGAACUUGACUUUCCUAUAUGAGCCUUUGAAGUACAUCUUCAAUUGAGAUCCAUUCUGAGGAAUCAAGGAACUUAACUUAAGAGGCUGAAUUUCUAUGUCAAAGACGUGCUUGAUGUACAUAAUUAAAUCAUGAAAAUCAGUGAAAGAUCUAAACAUCUCCUUCAUUCCAAGCGUGGACGAUGAUGUGGUUAUAGAGAUUUCUAAAAACUUUAAAGAUACCCUUGAAGUAAUGCAAGUUAGAUAUUGUCACAAGGUAACAAUAGAAGGUAUCAUAGCAUUCUGUGAAAAUAUCUCUGGGUAUACCAGAGUUUUAGAGGAACAUCAGAAGGAAGGUAAGGACACCAAGAGGCUAGCUUACCACUUCCCUACUGAGAGCAAACUUGAGAGGCUAAAUCUUGCAGAUAACAAGCAGUUAAGAAAUGAAAUAUGUAAACCGAUAGCUAACUUCUUGUUUCCUAUCUUAGGAGAACUUAAUAUAUGGGGAAAUCACUAUAUUAACGAUAAAGGAUUCCUUGACUUGUGUAUCACUAGAUCUGAGAACUUCCAAAGGAUUAACUAUUGAGGCUGCUACAAGGUGAGUGAUGACUCAAGGCUGUGGCUGACUAACCAAUUCCCCAGAAUGGUUAUUUACAACAAAGUUGACGAGUUCGGAGCCCCUUUUUACAGAUAAUUUCUCUCAGUUGUGUAAAUUUUAGUUAUUGUUUCAAUAUA